AUGCGUAAAUUUAUGAUUUUCUGCUCAAUAAUAACUACAAUAACAGCAGCUGAUCAGGGUUAUACCUAUAAUCCAGAAUUGGGAAUUUCAUCGAAAAAUAAUUUAGAGCCCGCCAAAGAAACCGAAUAUUUUCUAUACACAGCACCUGAUGAUAUAAACGAUGUCAUAGAUUCCAAACGUUUGGCCAACUUACUUCGUCCACAACGUGUGAUAUUUAUUAAAAAUCCUGAGAAUAAAAUAUUUUCCUUGACGGCUGAACAAUUGGCAAAGCAACAAUCUCUUAAUAUUUAUGUACUUCAACGUCAAACGGAUACUGCGGAUCUUCAAAGUCAAUUACAGGAAAUACACGAACGACAAAAACCUCGUGUACAAUUUAUUAAAUAUAGAACUUCAGCAGAUAUUGAAAGAGCUAAACAGGCUGUAUACAAUGACUUUGAAUCUAUACCAGGACCAUCGAAAUUCCACCAAAAUCAACAAACGCCAGUUUAUGAAUUCGAUGGCAGAUCACAGCAAUUCCGUUCUAUCCAACAAGAACGUACAACACAACCUCCAGUGAUUUUCGAAAUUAUCAAGCGUCCAACUGCAAUUUCUAAAUUAACAGAAAGUUCUGAAGAAAGUAUUACAAUGCAAAAGGAUACAAGCAUGGAAGCAGUUUCUACCAAAUCCUUAGAAUAUUUACCACCAUCAUUAAAUUAA